GUCAUCGGUCGGGGCCGCGGCCUUUGCUAGGGAAAAAGAGCAGCCGGGGUAAGGAGGAAGGAUGGCAGCCGGUCCGACGCGGCCUCCCCGGCCUCGGAAGGAGCCGCAGCCGCUGGUCAUUCCCCGGAGCGCGGCGGAAGAGCAACGCCUCAAACUGGAGAGGCUGAUGAGGAACCCGGAUAAGACUGUUCCAAUCCCUGAAAAACUCAAUGAAUGGGCUCCACGUCCACCUCCAGAAUUUGUCAGAGAUGUCAUGGGUUCUAGUGCUGGAGCUGGCAGUGGGGAAUUCCAUGUGUACCGGCACCUUCGACGCAGAGAGUACCAGAGGCAAGAUUUUAUGGACGCCAUGGCCGAGAAGCAAAAACUGGAUGACGAAUACCAGAAGAAACUUGAAAAGAACAAAACAGUCGCAGAGGAACAGACGGCGAAACGUCGAAAGAAACGCCAAAAAUUGAAAGAAAAGAAAUUGCAGGCAAAGAAGAGUAAACUUGAACAAAAGAAAGAGCAAGAAGCUGCCGAUUCUGACAGUUCUGAGAAGCAGCAGACCAGCGAAGAGGAAGACAAAGAUGUUUCUGAGGAGGAGAAAGAGGAUGAUGCGGAAGAAGCCAGUUUUGUGACGAGGAGAUAAUGGUGCCAGCUCUGCAGUAGCCUUUCAGUCGCUGUUGAGUUCGGACGGAGCCUGGAAUCUGAGCUCAGCAGACUUCAUGGUGCUCUUUUGCAUCUUCAGCACGGCAGAGGUGGGGCCGAAAGAAUCCCCCCUGGAGCCGAGCCAGGCUACAAUUUCUUCCACACUUGCUUGUGUAACUGCUGUGCAGUCCGUUGCAGGGAUCCUGGGGAAACAUUGCCCGUCUGACUUCUGGCGUCGCUCCGAAGGGGUGUCUGUCUGAAAGCGAACGCUUUACCCAUCUGUAUGUCAGGCAACCCCCCCUGAGAGGCCUAAGAAGCACAAUGAGUUGAUGUGACAGAGCACAGAAUAUGACUCCAAAGCAGAGGAAGUGUCCGGACUUCUCCGUUGCAGAAGAGCAGAAUGAUUUGAGAAUCUGUAUUGGACUUGAAAAGAUUGUUCUUUUCAUUUGAGAAACGUGCUGUAUACUUUGGUCCCAGAGAGUUCUGUGAAUAAAAGGGGGGUCCUUUGAGCACGUGCGUGUCUUUGUACUUAUGUCAAGAAGAAAUCAAGGGAAGACAAGGCAACGAAUAUCGGUUAGGUGUGAGAGCUGAAUGGAUCGAUCACACUGUGCUUCAGAAUACCAGCUGUAGCCAUUGCCCACUGCUUGUAUGCCCUUUCUUGGGGGUAUCUGGCUAGCCAGAGCUAGGAACAGAGUACUGGCUUAGGUGGACCAAGGUCCAGUCUAGCUCAGCAGUCCUGAAAUUACUAAACUGUGUUUGUUGGUCUCCUAAUAUGUCAAACUAAGCCAGAGAAUGAUUUUGCAAGAUUCGUAGAGGCAUUUGGGUGGUUAUGUAAAAGCAAGCAGCUUCAUCCGUCGGGGCUCACGGAACAAGUUUUCUAGAGAAAAAAAGAUGCUUCACGUUCUUCAACAUGUAGCAAAAUGGAAAUCCCACAUGGUAGCCUCUGUAAUGGAAAACGAUUCUAUCAUUUUAACUAUGAAUGAAAAAAACUGCUGACAAGUCAUAGCUGACUUAUGACAACCCCAGUUUGAAGGCAAGAGACUUUCAGAAGUAAUUUAGCAUUGCUUGCCUGUGUGUCAUGACCCUGGUAAACCCUGGUGGUCUCUCAUCCAAAGACAGACCAGAACUGAUCCGGCUUAGCUUGUGAGAUCCGACAAGAUUGGACUAACCUGGGUUAGAAAAUAAACCUGCAUUAUCUGGUUUUAUUAUAUUGUAUCCAGCUUUUCAGCCAACUGUUGUCCCCUACAGUAAAUCAAAGGAAUGGGAGUAUGUAUGAUAGCGCAAUAAAAACAUUCUCGGUGGA